AUAACUUCAAACUCAAUUUCACUGCAUUACUCACUUUGCAGAAUGGCUUGCUUUCAAAGGGCUUCUCCAUCUCUCAAGAAGAUCCUGCUCCGAUUAUAUUGUGCUGAAAAACCCAUAGAGAUUGAUCAUCACUUGCAUGAAUUUGGGUCUGUAGAAUACCACAUUCAGUCUUCGGUGUCAGAUCCACAACAUGCCUACUUGUCAAUAUCAACCCCAUUUCUGUCUCAACAGUCUUCGGUGUCACAUAACACAUUGGAGAUGGUGAAAAGAAUUUCUCCUCAUGCUGUGGAGAUCAUUGAACCAGCAAAAGAGGGCUACCAGCUUACUCUAAGACUCAACUUUUCUAAGAUUCCAUGUGGUAAAGAUUCGGUGAAGGUAAUAACAGAUAUUUCCACUAUUCAAGCAACAAUAUUAAGCUCUCAGCUGAAAGAAAUGUUGUGGAAUGUCAACUCUGGAGCUGCAUCCCAGGGAAUGUACCAACCGAUCAAACUCAUGUAUCACCCCAGAGAACCUUUCUAUGUCAUAAAAAAGCCACAAAAAAUCACGGCAGUAUUUCCAAUUCGUUUCAAAGAACAUUCAGAAGUGGUUAUUGCUACAGCAUUCUUUCAGGAACUUAUGGAUAUGGGUAGCUCGGAGAAAUGGGCUAAAGCACCUUCCUGCUGCUGGUCACCAAUUCCUCCACCAGAACUGAGAGGGGAACCUAUCGAAGAUUUGAGUACGAAUGGAGGCUUUGUCACUUUUGAUAUUUUUCCACGUCACAUUGAAGGUAAAAGAUUAGACAAGACAGUCUGGAGCCUACUUAACUUCAAUGCUUAUGUGAAAUACCAUGUAAAGUGCACCAAAGGAUUCAUACAAAGAAGGAUGAGAAAGCGUUUGGAAAGUUUGGUUGAGAUUCUGCAGAAGGCAAACUUAUCAGAAGAAGAGCAUACAGGAAAGGUUCAAGUGAAUAAAAGAUUUAGGUAUGUGAGAAAAUUGAUCAGAUUUCCAAAAUCUAAAAGCCUCAAGCACAGAUGCAGUGAAUUUACAAGGAAGAUCAUGAGAAUCCGUCUCCGAAUAAAAAUCCAUGGAUUUAGAUGUUUUCGUAAACGAUGGUUGGCAUUCCCAAAUACCCCUUCAAUGGGAUAUGCCAAACUGGAAUAAUGUAUUCUCUAUAUUUACCCAGAAGCAUGUUUGUUUUACAAUUAGAACACUGCAAUGUGUGCCAUUUAUCAACUCCUUGUACUUCUUUGACUGUAACAAAAAAGUAUCAGUGUGCUUGAUUAAUUCAUCAUCAAUUCCAAAAUGUGUCACUGUAAGUUCUUCAAACCAUAAAACAGAAAUUCUUAGUUUAUCACAAA